GCCAACGACGCGACGCCAUCGUUUCUCAACACGAAGUUCAAGGAAAACAAGGAUUUUCUUAUCAGAAAUGGACUCCACAUGAAUCCAGGAUAUACUAGUACCUUGAUGGAUUAUGGAUCGAUAGAUGGUGAAACUGGUUGGAUUGUAUAAAUCGUCAAAAUGUCUCUACAUCGGUCCGUUGUUAGCGAGCCAGCCCACCGUCCACGGUCGCGCUCAGCACACAGUACAGGUGGCGGUGGUGGUGAUCUGAUGUCCGGGGGAUCGCGAACAAUGUCAGCCAAUGUUCGCCGUCUCCACGAAGCUCUAAGUACAACUCUCCCAGACCACGAUCGGGCUUACUUCGUACAUGCCUUAAAUGAGUACAACUCCCGAAGGAACGUUUAUACAUUAGUGGCUAAUUUGAAGUCACUCUUAGACACGCCUGAGAAGAAAGUUUUGUACCUACUCCUUGGGAAGGUUAUCCCUGCACCUGACCAACCCCUGUUCUGGCAACAUGCUGAGCCUUUUUACAAUCAGAGGGAACGAUCAGGCAGCAUUGGGAGAACGAAAACAGUUGCAAGUGUACAGAAACAUCAUUUUGAUACAAUGCCCUCGAGGACAAAGCCAUCAGAAUUAUACCAGAAUGAUGAACCUCAUGGUAAAACACAUAGAAAAACUGCAGGGAGCAACUGGGAGGCGGAUGCAAAUAAAGAUGUCCGAAGGAUCGUUCUUAAGAAGUCCGAUACCCCAGAUGGAGAACUGGGGUUCAGCAUCCGUGGGGGUUCCGAACACUCUGUGGGAAUUUUUGUGUCGAUGGUUGAGCAGAACACCAUGGCCGAGAAAAAGGGACUGCAACCUGGAGAUCAAAUUAUUCAAGUAAAUGAGAUCCCAUUGGAAAAGAUAACGCAUGGAGAAGCUGUCAAGGUGCUGAAAUCAGUCAAGAAGCUUGUGCUUUAUGUCAAGUCAGUUGGCCGAGUACCAGGUUCUUUUGUCUCCCACCAGACCUACACCUGGGUAGACCCCCAGGGGCGCAGUGUCUCGCCCCCUCCUGAUGUUGACCUGAUGGGGCGAAGGAUGACGGAAUCAUUAGGGAGGAAAAGCGGGCUGAACCUCCUCAAAGAUGGGGAUGAAAAGAAGGUGAACCUUGUAGUAGAUGAUGGUGAGAGUCUUGGGUUGAUGAUCAGAGGAGGUCGUGAAUUCAGUCUGGGUAUUUAUAUUACUGGAAUCGACGCCUUCUCUGUAGCAGAACAAGCUGAGCUCAAGGUUGGAGAUCAGAUCUUGGACGUCAACGGAGAAAACUUCCUGGACAUCAACCACCAGGAGGCCGUCAACAUCCUCAAGUCUUCCAAACUGAUGAUGAUGACGAUAAAAGAUGUUGGCAAGCUCCCUUAUGCAAGGACGACCAUCGACAGGACGCAGUGGAUAACGGGAGACGGGGUGUCAGACUUACCCAGUCAGGUGUCCCGACCAGGGAGUGUGGUGAAUGGUGAGACGGUGCACAAUGGAACCAAUGGAAACGUGGUGAAUGGUGAUCAACACAAUGGCUUUCCUUCAAAUUUCAAAAGGGGUAUAGCAGGCACCCAAGUCAUGUACAACUCUACCCUCGGCACCGGUACCCAAGCCUGGGGUAUGAUCGAGGACCAGGCAAAACACCUGUUGAAUGAGAACGAGAGAGGGACAAUGAUGUACUACCUUGGGGAGUACCAAAACGGGACCAUCAACAUCGACGCCUUGGUCAUGGCGUUAUUUGAGCUUCUCAACACACAUGCUAAGUUUUCAUUGUUCUCUGAGAUCCGUAGUUUUGUGUUUCCGAGGGACAUUGAUCAGUUUGAUUCACUGGUGCUAAAAAGAGAGGUUGAGUCAAUGAAGGCCAGACAAAGAGGCCACUUUAUGAAUGAAAGGGAAAGUUCGUUUGAUACGUUCUCAACUGGCAGCCAUUAUUCGUCAAGUUCUAUCGACUCUCGGCCGAUCACACCACCUCAUGUUCCUGCCCAGUUACCAUCCUUCGUCAAGAUGACCUCUGACCAGGAUGAGUGGUAUAAUGGAUUUGACCCCAGGCAGAUCAAUGAUGAUACAAAUGGACUUCCAGAUUUCUCCUUACCUGACUUUGCAAUAGAUUCAUCCCCUCCAUCACUCAUCAGACCAAUAAGUAACCCAAAGUCCACAAGAAUCACCCCUACAAAAUCAAUGCAACAGUCCAACCAACGCACCAUCACUGUGGACGUCCAUCACCAUGAGGAGCCUUCCACUAGUAGAGGCGGGAAAAAUGGCCACGAUGGGAUGUACAGUGGCUCAAUGAAGAGCCCAAGUGAAGACAGUGGGGUAGAUGUUAAUGGUAGUAGAGUCAGUAGCAGAAACGGCAAUCGCUACAAGAAAAGCGUUACAAUAUCUCCUAUCCCCCCAGUCACUAUCCACAGUCCUUGUAGUCUGAGUGACAUGGAGAGUCCAACAUCAUCUCUAGGAAGUCCUCAGUCUGCAAGUAGCCCUGAGCCAGCCUCAACAAGGCAUGGCUCCUCCCAUCGGCUACCAAGGAGUUUGAGUCUAGACAGUCUCUCAACAGAGGGCUCUUCUGUGGCUGCUUUGGCUGAAUCACCAAGGAAGACCAGUUUUAGCAGUAGUGAGCACAGCAUUCCCCGCAGGAUCAGCGACCCUACACAUCAUGUUCCGCGAGAGCAGAGGAGGAAUAUUGAACAGAAUAAAAAGGCGAGUGAAGCUUUACUAGCCCUCAAGAAGCAACCAAGGAGUAAAAUCCACCUGGUCAAACCAUCCAACCCUCCUCCUCCUCCUCCAUCCUCAGUAUCUCGCUCUAGUACUCCUCCUCCCCCUCCUCCAGUUCCUGCACCACCUCCACCUAGGAGCAUCCCUGAGCAACCUUCUAUGAGUCAUGGAAGGGGAUCAACACGACCCCCUCCUCCUCCAAGGCAAGGCUCUGUUAUCACAACCAAGUCAACGCAUUCACAGCAGUACAGCAGGGCCAAUUAUGAGACACCUGAUCAACCCUUGACUCAUGGUGGCAGCAAACGAGCAUCACGCAGCAGCAUUUAUACAAACUCUAAUGGGAUGAACGCACACGUAUCGGAGCGAGAGUCAACGGACACACUGAAGAAGGUUCAGUUCCCAUUGGUCAACCUGAAUGACGAAUUCCCAGAAGGGAUGGAACUAAUCAGCGUUAGAAAGACAAGACCUAAUCUGGGAAUAGCAGUAGAGGGAGGGGCUGGAACCAGACAACCUGUUCCAAAGAUUAUUAAGAUUCAGUAUGAAGGAUCAGCCUACCACAACAGCAACCUAAAAGUUGGUCAUGUGAUCCUAAAGGUCAACGGAAGGUCAUUACUGGGUCUUUCGCAUCAGCAAGGGACGCGUUGCAUUGCGCUGGCGUUUAAAAACAAAGCCAAUGACAGCAUCAACUUUCUGGUGAUUGACUCUACCAAGUACGCAAUACAGUACUAGAAUCAAGAUAAGGUACAUUUAUUGGUCAAUUUAACUUUGUAUAGUUCAAUAUACCUUUUUAAUCCUCAGCGUGUCUGGCCAUUUUAUUAUCAACCCAUGUUAUUUUUACUGAAAUUAUGAUACUUUGUUGUGAUGGGUAAAACACAAUGCAAACCAGACACUUAACAGAGGCACAGGAGGCAGUUGUCCCCCCAUGCUUGUGUUCGCUUGAAGUUUUCCAGUGCAAAUAAACAUUUUGUUCACUGAAGUACCAUUUAUACAAAUGAAGUAUUCAGUAUAUAAUUCUGUGUACAGUUGUGCUGCCAUGCAUAAUGGGAGACUUUGGAACGCUAGGUGGCAGCAGACUUACCAGGUAAAUUGACAUUAUUUUUUCAUAUUGAGCAAGCUCACAAUUCCAAAAACAAUGGUUUUACCUAGUAAGUCUGCUGCCCCCUAGAGUCGAAAAAAGUCUCCCAUCCUUGCACUUAAAUGGUUUCAGCUCACUGUAAAAUGUUCCUAAAAUUAGAAGGCAUUAUAAGAAGAAGGUGACAUGCAGAAUUUUCUAGGUUAACACCUUCUUGCAAAACAGGGUUUUUACAGUCUUUAUAAUACAAAUAAAAGCAUUAUUUUUUGACAGCAUUAUUUUACUCUUGAAAUUCGCUUUAAUAAUAUUUUUUAAACUUUACCAACUGUGGCUUAUUUAAUCACCUUGAACAUUGCCUUCUAUUCAGAUUCAUUUUUAUUUAUUGUUAGUACUGUUUUUUUCAACUAAUAAAUUAGCAUUUUUUCCCUACAAUUUUGUUUCAUGGAAUCAACAAGUCAAACAAUACAUACAAGUUACAAUUUUAUAAACUCCUGAAGAACACACGCCUUGAACAUUUACAUUUUUAAUUAUUUCAUUUUAUAAACUAUGUAAUUCAACUGUGCCGAUAACUUCACAGGGAUAUGUGAGAUACUCUUUUCUUUAAAACUGCAUAAUUUGAAAAUUUGCCAACAUUAAAUGUUAACAAGGUUAGCUGUCAGAAAUGCAGCAAAUAAUUUUCAAUCUUUUCUACUUAUAACCCCAGUAUCCUUUUCUACUUAAACAUUUGAAAUAAUGUGCCUUUUUGUGAAGCUUUAAUAGCAAUAAUUGUGGUGUCUAAGCAGUAGCUAUUUUUUGUACUGAAAUCCUUUGCCUUUUAUGAACUGUGCCUACAAAAAUAUUUUUACCUUGAACCGUAAUAUUCUGUGCAAAUGUGGGGAGCACUUGCAGGUUAACUAGAUACGACCAAUAAAAGUCACAGCCUAAAGCGAGUUUGACUAAUCCUACUCACACUGUUGUCAAAGCUUAAAUUAUGCUGCUACAAAAUAGCUGGUGUUUUUUAUUCAAUGGAAGUGUUCUAAGGUACUUAUUCUGUGUGUGUGUGUUAUGGUUAAGUGGCAAAUAGUUUUGACAUUAAUUUUGUUUUCUGAAGGUAAAACCUUUUAAAAUGAUAAGUUUUUUAAACUUUCAUUUGUUACUUUGCCUUGGACAUUUGGUACAGUAUCCAACUUAAAAUAAAGCACUUGAUAGUUUCAGUACUUUUUUUACCUGUUUGACUUUUCUAUAAAACUAUUUUUAUACUUGUGAAGAGAGUACAUUGCCUUGUCAUUACCUUUGUACAUACAGAACAUUCCAUAAACAAUGUAGAUUAAUGUUGUACAAUGUCCUUUGUGUGUGUGUAGGCCUACUUUCAUAAACUUGUUACGGUUGAUUUUCGGGUUCAGCAAGGCUGUGUGUUUGUUUUAAACUUCUUAGUUUUUGUUGUACCUGAAGGUUUGAUUUAAGGUUCGCCCUCUGGAUUACUGGAAGGGGUUGUGACGUUAUGAUCAAAGGGGUUGUGACGUUAUGAUCAAAGGGGUUGUGACGUUAUGAUCAAAGGGGUUGUGACGUUAUGAUCAAAGGGGUUGUGACGUUAUGAUCAAAGGGGUUGUGACGUUAUGAUCAAAGGGGUUGUGACGUCAUGAUCAAAGGGGUUGUGACGUCAUGAUCAAAGGGGUUGUGACGUUAUGAUCAAAGGGGUUGUGACGUCAUGAUCAAAGGGGUUGUGACGUCAUGAUCAAGUUAGGCCUGUUUACUAAACACUCGAGCACCCUUCAUAGAUGGUACUGGGUACUGGUGACUGGGUGUGCACAAGCGGUAACUUGGUGAGAGUUCAUGUAAGCUUUGAUCAUUAUGACACAGCACCUUUAAUUAGUUUCAUUAUUUUUUUUCUUCAGUAUUUCAAAUAGGGUGUUGCACACAUUGUAAAAAUGAAUUUUUGUCAAAGAGGCUGAUUUACAGACAUUUACAUACAGAAUUCCAAAAGGCAUUAUUUACAAUUUCCUAAAAAAUGUAUUUUGAGAAGAACUGUUAUUUAAUUCUGUUCUUUGAUCUGAGGUGACAACCAUUUUCACCUUGAAUAUUUUGUACAAAUUUACCCAGUCUGAAAAUUACACUUUUCUUGCAAGAAAUACCAGCAUUAUAUGGAAGCAUUAUUGGGAUUGAACGAGAAUUAUUUAUGACUUACACAAACACAAAACAUCAUGACUUAUUGUGAGAUUCAAGUCAUUAUUAUGAUAAAUUUUAUGAGAUAAACUAUCAUAAUGGUCUGAGUCUUAAUUAUAAGAUAAUGUCUAUAUCAUAAUGACUUUCUUUUGGUUUCCUCACUGGUUAUAUGACACUUGGGUAGCAUUGGGAUUUUUGAUUUAAACAAAAUGCAUUGUAUUUAUUUAAAAAACUUUUUUUUUAAAAGCUAUAUAUACUUAUUUAUUUGUUGUGUUCAAAGGCUGCCUAAUGUUUGCCAACUCCUUGCUGACAAAACUUAUUGUAAUGUUGUCAAGAAAUCUAUGUUAUAAAGUGCUGUACUCCAUAUUACCGUUUUGUGCAUGAUUCUUGUUUUCAAAUCAUCACACAAAUUGUACGUAUAUACUUGUACAACUUUUGUUUAGGAUAAUCAAUGUUGUAAAAAAAAAAUCAAAUUUUCAUUACAAAAUUUAAUAUGGAUUUUCUUGAUUUUUUUUAUAGUAUAUUUGAGUGGUUUACUGCCACCUCGCGUCUCCAAAAGUCUACAUUAUUAUUGAAAGAGGUUGAUUUUUUUUAAGGGAAUUGUGCCCAAUGGUUAUUAGGUUCAAUGGUCCAAUGAGCAUGUGUGUACGUCAGCCUAACCCAUCACUGGGUUAGGAGUUUGGGCUGGAACAAUGUGAGCCAAUGUUACAAAGGUAUACCAAAAUAAUUGUAAAUAUCCCCAAGCCAAUUUUGUAUUGAACUUGAUUUCAUGCAAAGCUUCACAUCUACUUACUUAAACAUUGUUUUUAUUUCAUAAUUGAAUCACGAUAGCAUUUACUCUACAUCUUCUGAUGUCUCAAUUUUUGGGGUGUAAUAGAAAACAUAAAGAUUUUCGGUACCUUUGUGUUCAUAAAGUCAUUGUUCAUAAAGCCGAACAUUAACAGUUACUCUCGAUACAAUUAACACAUUCGGUUCUUUGAAACAAACCGCUAACGAAUGCGUUUGUUGACCAGUGCCAAUAAUAAUUGUUAGAAUUUAUUUGAAAACUGAUUUUGUUUUUGUUCCGUCCUCGAAUUCGUAAUUUUAUUUGACGAUAUCUUGUGGCAAUUUCUUUAAUUCCAUCCAUUACUUUGAACCAACUGUGAUUCGGUUGUGUAAAUUCAAAAUUAUUAUUAAUUUAUCUUAAUUAAUCAAUGGUUUGUUAUUAAUUCACGAUUACGCCAUAGUACAUUCAGUUUAGUUUGCAUGAAAGUAUAUUGAUAAGGUUUUGUGUAUCCUACAAAUAUAAUUGAGUGUUUAUUAUUUCAUUUGUGUCAUGUAUAUACAACUUGUGGAGUUGAAAACCAUAGUUUGUUGAUAUUAAAGAGUGAAGAGGACUGAAA